AAAAAGGGCUCUCAGGUCCGUGUGAACACAGUGAUCCAGUGAGCAGGGAACAGCAGUGUAUUGAGAGCACGUUGACGCUGGUGCAGUGGAUUUGUAGCACAUUAAGCAGGACAUGAUGUCAGCGUGGUGCCUGGUGCUCGCUGUCUCCCGCUCUGAGCCUUGACGUUAAAGCUGAUUAUCCACAGAGACAGGCAGCAGAGCAGCGCCGCCUCCAUGUGUGAACAGCAACAUAAGCUGAUCAGAGGUGCCGUCUCACUGACCGGACUCUACCUGGUGUACGGAUAUGGUGCCUCCCUCCUCUGCAACCUGAUUGGUUUUGUUUAUCCAGCGUAUUAUUCAGUCAAAGCCAUCGAAAGCCCGUGCAAAGAAGAUGACACAAAAUGGUUGACCUACUGGGUGGUGUACGGUGUCUUCAGUCUGGGCGAGUUCUUCUCUGAUAUUUUCCUCUACUGGUUCCCAUUUUACUACGCUUUUAAGUGUCUCUUCUUACUAUGGUGCAUGGCCCCAGUGUCCUGGAAUGGCUCACAGAUUAUCUACAACAAAGUGGUUCGGCCUGUCUUCCUUCGCCAUGAGGCCACAGUGGACAACAUGGUCAGCGACCUCAGUGGGAAGGCCAUGAGUGCUGCCGAGAACCUCACCAGAGAAGUCCUGACCACUCUGGUGAAGAAUAAAGCUGUGAUCACACCAUCGCCACCUGUUGCUCAGUCUGAAGCUAAAAGUUUACCAAGUACAUCAGGAGAAACAUCCACAGCUAAAGUUGGUCCAUCAGAGAUGAACGAAGAAAGAAGAGAUGAACUCAGUGUAGACUGAUGUUCUUUAGAUAGCAGCAGAGGAAGAGGAGGAGCCUUGGUGAGGAAGAAAAGGAGGGAAAGAGGGUUUUUCCUCAUCAUCCUGACAGAUUUCAACAGGAUUGUUACCUCUGUCAAAGAGACUGAUUUCCUUUUUAAAAAAAUCAUGUUGUAGUUGUGCAGCAGGACAUUGUGAAAAGAUCUUUUUACUUCUUUGUUUCAAGAUUUUUGGGAACAAUGCUUUUCUUCUUUUUUUCUUCUUUUUUUUUUAAAGUUAUUAAAUCUUUUCUAUGCAAACCUCCUGAAUCUGGAUUAUAAAUAACUCACAGAAGCUGUAUUGUUGCCCUGGAUUUUACUUGUUUCUAUUGUCCUGAUUCAGAUAGAAGACCCAGAAUCUAAAUGUCUGCUAAAGUAAAUCAAGCUCACAUCCACACUUCAUAAGAAUAAGUUAAAAGUUCACCUUACAUUUAAGGAUUCUUUAUGAAUUAAAAUUAAGUGUUGGUUUUGUUAUAGGCUGGUCUGACCUAAGUUUGUGGGAACUCUACUUUUGCAGCACAACAAUGGGACUGUUAGCUGGCUGGACUCUUUAGCUCAGUCUGUCAAAGUCUUUGCAGAUGUGAUCAUUUAUUUUCAGACCCGGGCAGCUAAAGACUUUUUCCAUCAUCUGCACUUGAAUGAACUGGCUUCAGCAGAAAUGAUUUCUGUUUUGUCUUAAUUGCAGGACCUACUGUUUAGCACAACGCUUGCCGCACUGCUGUUUUUUUGGCGCCCAAGGAUUCCAAUUAUUUCUCAUCGUGACUCGCUCUGCCCUCUGACUAGUUUGACUUUAGAUGGGUAGCUUCUUUAUUCUUCUCAUAGAAUAAAUGACUAAAUUUUUGUGUUGCCAGGGAGAUCUGUUAUUAAGGUGUAUCGUGACUAUGACGAGGCAAAAAUGGACAGUAUUCUAGUAAUCAGAAGCUCAUAGUCACAUUCUUUGGGUGCAAAGAAAUACGUCAUGUGUUCCUGGAUAAUACUGUAUAAUCACAGUAAACAGGUGUACUAGAGUAGUAGACCUGUUCCUAUUUGAGAUAAAUGAGAUAAAUGAAUGCUUUUGUGCUAUUCUGAGCUAAGCAGAGUCAUGAAGCUGGAAAUGAGAUCCACUUUACACGAGAAUUGUGCAGAAUAAUUCAAUUUUCACUCUUCAGCUAAACUGCUUCUGAACACAUUAGUUCACAUGUUUGCACACUGUUGUGUUAGACUGUGACAUGCUUACCUGAUGGAGUUUGCACUUGACCUUUUUUUUUUUUUUUAAUCAUUUGUUAUGUAAGUAGUUGCACACUGGACUUUGUAACAGCAGCAGUUGGCUCUGUACUUGGCUUUGCAUGUUUCUCCUGUUCGUACAGUAAAAUCUAACCUCACUGUGUCACACAUGCUUUAGUUUAUAACACCUUCUGUUUUUAUUUUUGAAAUAUUGCCCACAUAUUGUUUCUAUGUGCAUUACUGCCUUCUGGUACAUUACAUCCUGGAAACAAAGGGAAAUUACAUACAGUACUUUAAGAUAAAAAAAAAAAAACAUUCAGGGUUUCCUAUGAAAGUCUUUACAAAUAUCUGAAAAUCUUGCCCAUCCCUGCUAAUGAUGACAUUAAGAUUAUCGUUUACUUAACACAACUCUCCUCACCAGAUCCUACCAAGCAUGCAGGAAAAACUGUAAAGGGCUCUUUGCAAACUAGCAGAUUUACUGAUUCCUCUUCUAUUAAAAGAAAAUGAAUGUGCAACAAUUUAAACAAUUUCUCUCAUUUUUCAGCAAAUGUACUGAACAACUGCUGGUUUAGUUAAUAUUCAUAUAUAAUUAUAGCACAUGUAUGAAGGUGAACAACAUGAGAACUCCUUCCCAGUGAAGCUAAAAUAUGUCCAUCCCAUCAUGGUUGGGUCCCUCAUUUAGGAGGUUGCAUAUUAGGAGGUACUGUUCCAGUCAUAAGAGAAUAUAUGUUACAUAUAUUGCUCAUUUAUUUAUUAUUUAUUUACUCAUGUGCUUUGUGGUCGUCUGCAGUGGGAAGAUGCUGCUGUGGCAUUUUCAUAACUGGAUAUUUCUGAAUAAAUAUGGGUGCUCUGCAUUCAUUUUUCAUUA